AUAGAGAGCAGAGAUUAAUAACAAUUUAUUUGUCAGCAAGGCCAAUAAGAAUAUAUGUGUACCUGGACUGAUGAUUUCCUAGGGCAGAUCGGUUGAUGGAAGUGACAAAUAUAGGCAUGAUGUAAAGAAGAUGGGUGAAUUAUCAAGGCCAAAUGCCUUUUCAUGAAUGCUUGGAGAGUUACUAAUAAUCAGGGCGCCGAGACCUGCGUAAGAUGACCCUGUCCUGACAUCAGGUCCUGAUUAAAGGCUUUAUUGGGUGGAGUAACGUCUUCUGUACUUCUUAAGGAAGCAGUCAUGUCAGCCAGUUUAAAGCUUCUUCAAAGAUUUGAAAAGUUAACCAUCUUAAGACAACUGACAAGAGCUACAACACAGGAGCAUGUGUCCUUCCUACACAGUUUUGUCAAGAAAUCUUCAAGUCAACACUUGAGUCUUUCUGAAUCAGUAAAACACAAGUCUUCUUUUAAGUUUAGUUUGCAAAGGUCCUGCAGCAGUUCAGUGUCAUUGCAGGGAUCCAGAAACAAAGACAUUAAUCUCAGUGCAGAGGGUCUGCUAUUGUGUUAUGGACAGUUUAAUUUGGAUCUUCCAUAUGUUUGGUUAAGAGAUCAUUGUCGAUGUGAUGUUUGUUAUAAUCAUCAAACAUGCCAGAAGAAUGUAGAUAACUUUGACCUGGAUUUAGACAUUAAACCAACUCAUGUCUCUUUUGAUGGAACAGUAUUGACACUAGAGUGGCCAGACAAGCACCUGACAAGUUUCAAUAUUGAUUGGCUUAUAGAGAACACAUACCAUAAUCAACACAAGGACAGAGUGGAGAAACUGUUAUGGAACAAAGAUGUGAUGUCCACCAUUACAGAACAGCCAAUGGUGCCAUUCCAGGAGUUCAUGCAGACAGAGAAGGGUCUGAAAGGUCAUGUGAACAAUCUACUAAAGUAUGGAUUUUCUGUUGUGACGGAGGCCCCUACUGACCACAAGGGAACCCUCCUUGUGUCUCAGCGACUGACAUUUAUACAGCCCACAUUAUUUGGUCCUUCUUGGAGUUUCACCUCGGACCUGGCCUUCGGGGACACGGCAUAUACUACACUUGGACUUGGGGCUCAUACUGACAACACCUAUUUCAUGGCACCUUCUGGAAUUCAGGUCUUUCAUGUACUGGAGCAUGAUGGAACAGGAGGGGAAACCCUCCUUGUGGAUGGCUUUCACGCGGCAGAGACCUUGAGGAGGGAGAACCCCACAGCGUUUCAGUGUUUGGCAGAGACAGUGGUUCCUCACGAGUUUUACGACCAAGAACACCGCGUCAGAAGUCUAGGAACAGUACUCACUCUUCAUCCAACAACCAAACAACUCUUCAGUAUUAGGUUCAACCCAUACGACAGAUCACCACUCCACACUGUUCCACCAGAGCAAAUCAAGGAAUUCUACAAGAGUUAUGCAGCUUUAACUGAAGAAAUCAGGAAAACGGAGAAUGAAGUUUGGCUUAAACUAAAACCAGGCAUGGUCCUAUUUGUGGAUAAUUGGAGAGUCAUGCAUGGUCGAUCAGCCUUCACGGGUCGACGUCGAGUCAGUGGAUGUUAUUUACCCCGAGAUGACUGGUUUGGGCACGCAAGACUUCUUGGUCUCCAGAAUUUAUGAAAUACAAAUUUCAGGAUUUUUUUUAAAGGAUUUAUUAAAUGUUGAUUUUUGUACAAUGAACAUGUUAUUUCAGUAUAAGCCAAGAACCAUCAUUUUCAGUGAUGUACUUGUGAUAUCCAUACAUUUCUGUGAUAAUUCUGUCAGUAUUGAUAAGUUUCAAGUUAAUGGUUUAUUACUUUAUAAUAUUACAAAUUCCAAAGUAAUAUGCCAAAUGUUAUUACUGGUAUCCUUUGUCUGAUAUCUUCAGCAGGACUUACUGAAUAUUGGCUGGAAGUGCCAUUAUGAACUAGGCUAAGCUAACCAAAGCAAACUGGAAUACAUGUAUUGAGGUUUUCAUGUAACCAUAAUACCAAAAGUUGAUGAUAAAUUAAAAUUUUCAGUUAAGUAUGUACAUGCAGAAAGAUUUUACAGUGAAGUGCAAUUAUAUAUUUGUUAUCCUAGUUUAAUGUUAUAUUACAUUGCAAGAUUAAGGGUUGAUAUGUUUUUGCAAAUAUACCAAGCAAGUUAUUGUUUGAUUUUUUUUUAA